UUCUGAGGAGGGUCACUCCCUCGCUGCCAUUGGAAGAGUCCACGUCUCAGUGACUCCUCCCUGGGAACUGGAUGCAUUAGAGGGUAGCUAGUCAGUAUGAUUCUUCUUGUUGUGCUUUUUCUCUGCUUCAUUUCCUCAUAUUCAGCUUCUGUUAAAGGCCACACAACUGGUCUCUCAUUAAAUAAUGAGCGACUAUACAAACUCACAUACUCCACUGAAGUUUUUCUUGAUCGGGGCAAAGGAAAACUCCAAGACAGCGUGGGCUACCGAGUUUCAUCCAAUGUGGAUGUCAUCUUACUGUGGAGGAGUCCUGAUGGUGAUGAUGACCAACUGAUCCAAAUUAUGAUAAAAGAUGUAAAUGUUGAAAAUGUGAAUCAGCAGAGAGGAGAGAAGAGCAUUUUUAAAGGAAAAAAGCCACCCCAAAUCAUAAGAAAGGAGAACUUGGAAGCUUUACAAAGACCUGUGCUCCUUCAUCUAAUCCAUGGAAAGGUCAAAGAGUUCUACUCAUAUCAAAAUGAACCAACAGCCAUAGAAAAUCUCAAGAGAGGCCUGGCUAGCCUCUUUCAGAUGCAGUUAAGCUCUGGAACUACCAAUGAGGUAGAUAUCUCUGGGGAUUGUAAAGUCACUUACCAGGCUCAUCAAGACAAAGUGACCAAAAUUAAGGCCUUGGAUUCAUGCAAAAUUGAGAGGUCUGGAUUUACAACCCCAAAUCAGGUCCUGGGUGUCACUUCGAAAGCCACAUCUGUCACUACCUAUAAGAUAGAAGACAGCUUUAUUGUAGCUGUACUUGCAGAAGAGAUACGUGCUUUGCAACUGAAUUUUCUACAAACCAUUGCAGGCAAAAUAGUAUCGAAGCAGAAGUUGGAGCUGAAGACAACAGAAGCAGGCCCAAGACUGCUGCCUGGGAAGCAGGUUGCGGCCAUCAUUAAAGCAGUCGAUUCAAAGUAUGUGGCCAUUCCCAUCAUGGGCCAGGUCUUCCAGAGCGAGUGCAAAGGAUGCCUUUCUCUCUCGGAGCACUGGCAGUCCAUCAGAACACACCUACAGCCUGACAACCUCUCCAAGGCCGAGGCCGUCAGAAGCUUCCUGACGUUUGUUCAGCACCUCAGGACUGCGAAGAAGGAAGAAAUCCUCCAGAUCCUAAAGGCUGAGAAGAAGGAAGUACUGCCUCAGCUGGUGGAUGCUGUCACCUCUGCUCAGACCUCAGACUCAUUAGAUGCCAUUUUGGACUUUUUGGAUUUCAAAAGUGACAGUAGCAUUAUCCUCCAGGAGAGGUUUCUCUAUGCCUGUGGAUUUGCCUCCCACCCCGAUGAAGAACUCCUCAGGGCCCUCAUUAGUAAGUUCAAAGGUUCCUUUGGAAGCAAUGACAUCAGAGAAACUGUUAUGAUCAUCAUCGGGGCCCUUGUCAGGAAGCUGUGUCAGAACGAAGGCUGCAAACUCAAAGCAGUGGUAGAAGCCAAGAAGUUAAUCUUGGGAGGACUUGAAAAAGCAGAGAAAAAGGAGGACACCAUGAUGUACCUGCUGGCUCUGAAGAAUGCCCUGUUUCCAGAAGGCAUCCCGCUGCUUCUGAAGUAUGCGGAGGCAGGAGAAGGGCCCGUCAGCCACCUCGCUACCACCACUCUCCAGAGAUAUGGAGCCCCUUUCAUAACUAAUGAGGUGAAGAAGACUUUGAACAGGAUAUACCAUCAGAAUCGUAAAGUUCACGAAAAGACUGUGCGCACAACUGCAGCUGCUGUCAUUUUAAACAACAAUCCAUCCUACAUGGAAGUAAAAAACAUCCUGCUCUCUAUUGGGGAGCUUCCCAAAGAAAUGAAUAAAUACAUGCUUUCUAUUAUCCAAGACAUCCUACGUUUUGAAAUGCCUGCCAGCAAAAUGGUCCGUCGAGUUCUGAAGGAAAUGAUUGCUCAUAAUUAUGACCGUUUCGCCAAGACUGGAUCCUCUUCUGCCUAUACUGGCUACAUAGAACGUAGUCCCCACUCGGCAUCUACCUAUAGCCUGGACAUUCUUUACUCUGGUUCUGGCAUUCUAAGGAGAAGUAACCUCAACAUCUUUCAGUAUCUUGGGGAAGCUGCUCUUCAUGGGAGCCAGGUGGUCAUUGAAGCCCAAGGACUGGAGGCCUUAAUUGCAGCCACUCCCGACGAAGGGGAGGAGAACCUUGACUCCUAUGCCGGGAUGUCAGCCAUCCUCUUUGAUGUUCAGCUCAGACCUGUCACUUUUUUCAGUGGAUACAGUGACUUGAUGUCCAAAAUGCUGUCAGCAUCUGGCGACCCUGUUAGUGUGGUGAAAGGACUCAUUCUACUGAUAGAUCAUUCUCAGGAGCUUCAGUUGCAGUCUGGACUUAAAGCCAAUAUAGAGGUCCAGGGUGGUCUAGCCAUUGAUAUUUCAGGUUCAAUGGAGUUUAGUCUGUGGUAUCGUGAGUCUAAAACACGUGUGAAAAAUCGGGUAGCUGUGGUAAUAUCUGGUGACAUCACAGUGGACUCUGCUUUUGUGAAAGCUGGCCUGGAAAUCAGUGCAGAAACAGAAGCAGGCUUGGAGUUUAUCUCCACAGUGCAGUUUUCUCAGUACCCGUUCCUAGUCUGCCUGCAGAUGGACCGGGAUGCAGCUCCAUACAGGCAAUUUGAGACCAAGUAUGAAAGGCUGUCCACAGGCAGAGGUUAUGUCUCCCGGAAAAGAAAAGAAAGCCUGAUAGCAGGAUCUGAAUUCCCACUGCACCAGGAGAACUCGGAGAUGUGCAAGGCGGUGUUCGCUCCUCCACCAGAGAGCAGUUCCAGUGGUUGGUUUUGAAACUGACGGGUGAGCUCGCGCUGGAAUCCAUCUCCGCGGAAGGGCUGCGCUGCCACGCGCCGGAGUACAUGCUCUCUGAGAGCACAGUGUUUACAUAUUUACCUGUAUUUAAGAUUUUUGUAAAAAGCGAUGGAAGAAACCUCACGUGAUUCAAUUUGGGCCUAUUCAGUACCACCUACAGUGUCAUUGUGAGCUGACGUAUGUUUCAACUUUAGUAGCAUUUUUAGUUUUCUUGUAGCUUUCUCAAAUCCCAUUUAGUAUAGUGAAAAUGGUUCUGCUCUGAGAAGAAACUGUCGUUUGUAAAAAAAAAAAACCAACCAAACAAA